GUAAUUGUAGCCAUUAUUUUGAGAUCGUUCAAGAGCCGAACUAAACUUUUACUCACCAGCUUGCCUUGGAUCGGAAUCUGGUGUUCCUUCCCGGCGAUUCCGGUAAUUCCCGGUGAGCUUUUUCAAUUUCAGAUUCUUCAGUUCGUUUUCUUUCUGAAGGCGAGUUACAGAGGCUUGCCCUUUCAAUUGCCCGAGUACGAGAGAGCUAGGGUUUUUGCGAGUUGGUAAAAGCUUUCGGCAGGAUGAGUGAAGUCUUUGAAGGGUACGAGCGCCAAUACUGCGAGCUCUCAGCAAAUCUAUCCAGAAAGUGCACAUCUGCUGGUCUUCUUGAUGGAGAGCAAAAGAAACAAAAAGUUUCUGAAAUAAAAGCUGGAUUGGAUGAUGCUGAGGCUUUGAUUCGGAAGAUGGACCUUGAGGCAAGAAGUUUGCAGCCAAGUGUAAAAGCUAUGCUUCUUGCAAAGUUGAGGGAGUAUAAAUCUGAUCUGAACAAUUUGAAAAGUGAGGUCAAAAGAAUCACAUCAGUUAAUGCUAAUCAAGCUGCACGAGAUGAAUUGCUAGAAUCUGGAAUGGCAGACACACUGAUGGCAUCAGCUGACCAAAGAGGAAGGUUAUUGAUGUCGACUGAGAGAUUGAACCACUCAAGUGAAAGAAUUAAGGAGAGCAGAAAAACAAUGCUGGAGACGGAAGAACUAGGUGUUUCGAUCCUUCAGGAUUUGCAUCAACAGCGCCAGUCUCUCCUUCAUGCUCAUGGCACUCUUCAUGGUGUUGAUGAUAACAUUAGCAAGAGUAAGAAAAUUUUGACUCUCAUGUCAAGAAGGAUGAACAGGAACAAAUGGAUAAUUGGUUCCAUAAUUGCAGCCUUGGUUCUUGCAAUCAUCUUGAUCUUGUAUUUUAAGCUGUCUCAUUAGCAAGACAUACUUGUCCAAUUCUGUUGUGGCCGACGCUUUUGGCAUUCUCUAUAAUUGGUGUGAAUGUGUGAAUGUUUAUGAACGUUCUUCAUAUAUCAUUUUGUGAGUGUGGCGUCGAGUGAGCAAAGGUGGUCGUAUCACCUUUGUUCUCAUGUGUUCGGUCUGUCCAUCUCAUUUGCAUCUGAAAUGAAAUAAUUGAGAAUUGAGACCCA